AUGGAGAUUCAGUUCUCGAUCCCCAUCAUUAACACUGGUGGUCCAAGACCCAGCCAGUCUAGAUCAGAGUUAACGGGUGACUUUGUUCAGCUUGCCCCGAUCGCCUGCCACAGCAACAUCACCGGGCCUCGAGCCCGACUCAAGUGCAGCAAAUCGAGGAACAACGCAUCGAUUUGCUCUCGAUACGAGAACUCGACAUACCCGGCGAAGUUCUACUCGUGCCCGCACUGGGUUGGACAUACAUCAAAGUCAGCUACUGCCCUUUUUCGAUCGACACUAACCCUUGGCAGAAAACGCCAUGUGAAAUGCGAUGAAACGAAGCCCUCGUGUCUUAACUGUAUGAAAUGGCGAGGCUAUUGCGAUGGCUAUGUCAACACCACACCGCAAGAGGCCUCGUCAGCAAAGAAGGCGGGAACCUCAGCCAAGUUGAUUCACACGAAGAAGGCAUCGAAACUGCUUAUGGAGCCUGACGUUAAUACCGUUCGGUUCGGCAAUAGCGAUCAAAGGGCCUACUUCGACGAGUGGACGUCUCUAUCCGUUACGUUCCUAAGUGGUGGUCUGAAUAUCACACGGCUCUGGACGGCCACCAUGCCUCAGUUGACUCUCGAAGAACCUACUCUUCGAUAUGGCGCUAUGGCGAUCGGCGCUCUGCGAAAAGCUUACCUAGAUGAAGGCCAGCUUGUUGGAACAACUUUACCCACAGACAACAAACAUUAUCUCAAUGCCAUCAUCUACUACUGUGAAGCUCUGCGAAUCCAAUCCAAGGCCAGACCAAGCCGAGAGAACUUGCGAACCGCAAUGCUUUCAUCGUUGUUAUUUAUCUGUUUCGAGACCCAGCGAGCCAAUAUGCCUGCCGCUCUAAAGCAUAUCACUCAUGGCUUUAGCAUGUUGAAUGAGCUCGCCGCUUGUACUGACAAAGCCGACGAUCUUGUCAGCAUCGCACCAGCACCACCUGCUCUCGUCUCAGAAAUCCUCGACUGCUAUAAGCCCCUUGAACUACAAUCGAGAUCUUUCAUGGGGUCGUAUAGAAAAUUCUUCUUCCCUCCUGGACCUAAACCGGCCGAGCAGCAUUCAAGCUCACCGGCCUCGGCAGGCCCUAGUAAUAGCCCAAUCCAGGGACAUCCGUCUGGGUCUAAUCAGCACCAGCAGCAGCAGUCACCUCCUGCGCAAAGCCCCCUCAGCACUCCGGGAACCCCUUGGCAUCAGAGACCUGGAUCGAAUACUCCUCAGCAGAGCCACUCGACUUUACCCAGUCCUCAAAGCCAACCGAGCCCUCAGAGUCAAGGUGAUCCGAAGAUGUCACCUCCUCCCCAGAGACCGCCAGGCAUCAUGCCCUUCUCAAAACAUUCGCCUUAUUUCCGCCCAAAGCAGUCUCAUGUCGUUUCUCUUGACGACAUGCCACGCGCAUUCCAGACUCAGGAUGAAGCCCAGAGCUAUUGGAUCUUGCUCCAGAAGCAAAUGGUGGCCUAUGUCCCUGUCCUCACAUCAACCACGGCACAGCUCAACUUGACGAGAGUGGUCGACGAGCACGAGCUCGAGAUGAAGCUGGAGAGCGUGAAGCAGAACCCACGGAUUGCCAAAUUCGUCGCAGAAUCGCGGUAUUGGCUCCAGAGAUGGGCCGAGGCCUUCGACCCGCUGUAUAUCGCGGCAACUCGAAACAGCCAGAACGAUCUGCACACAUAUAUGCAAGCUGCGAAUAUGCGGAUCGAGUACCUCAUCCUGUACAUAUACACUGCCAUCCCACGCUACUCUGGACUGGUCACGGCUAAAGGCCUGACCCCUCAGUACCAUGAGAUAAACGUGUUGGCCGAAAUGCUGCUGCAGUCUCGUCCCAGCUGCGGCUUCUCGAUGGAUUCCGGGUGGACAUGGCCAUUGUUUAUAGCCUCGUUCGGAUGUAGAGAUCCGGCGGUGCGCAAUGAGUCCAUACGCAUCCUGGGACAAUAUCCUAUUCGAAAUGCCUUGCGGGACAGCCGCGUAUUCAGAGCCAUCGCGAUCCGAAACCAGCAGGUGGAAGAUGAAUAUGCUGCCAUGGGAGAUGACGAGGCUAGCCAAUGGCUACGGCUACGGAGGAGGGAAGUUGUCUUCGAGGAUUUCGGGACCAACAUCAUCUUCAGGUCGUCGCAAAUGGACCACGAGACAGGUGAAUGGAAGCUCGUCGAAGAGGCGGCCAAUUUUAUGGUGCAGGAAGAUGGCACGCUUGACUGGCAGCGGCAACCCCUUUCGGAAUCUCUGUCGAUCUUAGCAGGGGUCUGUUAA